AUGGAUGGCAACCACAAUUUCAAUGCAUUCUACAAUUCGAUGAAAAACGCUGAACCUUCAAAUGAUCAAAAUACCCAAACAUCCCAAAACUCUUCAAAUUCUGCACCUUUCCCAGACAUGGGAAAUAUUUCCAUGCAUCCAUUGCCUAUCCAUUUUGCUCCACGAGUGGCAAAUAUGGGUAAUCCAUUUGCAAUGUCUAGCCAAAAUUGGGGAAAUUUUCAACAUGUAAUUAAUCCCACCAUGUAUGGAGGAGCUUCAGCGGAAAGUAGUGCUGAUCAACGGCCGCAAACACCGACGGGGGUUGUAGAAGAGUCUCAAGUUCCGAAUCUUUCAUCCGAUGUCGAUGCUAAUGCUAGAAUUGGUGAAGAAGGUGGAAGAGUGAAUGGUCACUCAAAUCAGAAAGUAAGAUUUACACUGGCGGAAAAUACACUUCUGAUUCAAUCAUGGCUCAAUAUUUCAAAAGAUCCAAUUAAGGGAAAUGAUCAAAAAUCAGAUACUUUUUGGUCAAGGAUCACAGAGAACUAUAAUGAGUAUCGCGGUAAUUCACCAGAGAGGGGACUGGGCGCACUCAAAAAUCGUUGGCAAAAGAUAAAUUCGGCUGUCCAAAAGUUUAUUGGGUGCUACAACCAAGCCACUGCAAGGAAAAAAAGUGGGACAUCCGAGAAUGAUGUCCUGCAGGAUGCAUAUACAAUAUUUAAUCAAGAUGAAAAAGAAUUAUUCAAGUUUGAAUAUGCAUGGCGUUUAUUGAAAGAUGAUCCUAAGUGGAAUUCACAGUGGGGUAGCGAUUCUUCAAAGCGUACAAAGAAGUCUGCUUCAAGAGACACAUCUACACCAGCAUCGGAUGCGCCAACAUCUCAUUUACUCCGCCCAAUAGGAAUAAAAAAGGAAAAAAAGAAGGCCAAAGCAACUAAAUCUCAAGAUGCAUCCUCUCUACUUGUUGAGCUUAGGGCAAUGCAAGAGUCGCAAAAAGAAAGAUUGGCAGAAAUAGCAGAAUUGAAACAACAAAAGGAGACGCAUUUCCAAAUAAGAGAAAGAGAGUUAACUUUCAAGGAGUAUGAAAUUAUCAUGAAGGACACAUCUGAGAUGACUGAAACACAACUUCAGUUCCAUACUGAGUUGUGCAAAAAAAUUAAGGAGGUGCAUAAGUUGGAUUAG